ACAUUUACUGCUUUUUCGGACAGCAGGGAUUUCUGGAUUGGAGCAAAGAUGGACAGUUAAGAAAAGUAUUGAGCACCUGCAAGGAAAGAAAAAACAGUAUGACACUAAAUACCAGCUUUCUCAGACACGUUUUUCUGUACAAGUGUCUGUUUGCAUUAACUUUUGGGGAUCAUCUCAGCCUGUCUGUAGAAGAUGAACUCUUUAUGUCUGUUUCUAACAAUUUUCCAGAAGAUGAUUCUAACCAAAAAAUCACAAGUCUGCCACUCCAGUAUACAAAGAGUCAUCAGCCCAGUUGGGUUGUGAUACAAAAUACUACAGAAAGCCUGUCAUUGUCAGAAAUCAAACGUAACGAUGCAAAAAAGUUGAUAGCUUUGUUAUCUAAUUUCAGACAAGGAUCCAGGUUACAAAAUCUGACAUUGGCAAAUGUGUCAGUGGAGUGGAAUGAUCUAAUGGAGAUUUUUCAGACUGUAUGGCACUCAUCCGUUGAAUACUUCAAUACAUACAAUGUAACACAACUGUCAAACGUUGAAAGUUAUGACUUUGACUACUCAGGUACUUCUAUGAAAGCAUUGACAAUGAAGAAAAUGAUAAUCACGGACAUGUACUUCACACAGGAUGACCUAUACAAAAUAUUUGCUGACAUGAAUAUUGAAGACAUGACAAUAGCUGAUUCAGAAAUGAUUCAUAUGCUUUGUCCUUCAUAUAAGAGUCCCUUUAGAUACCUGAAUUUUUUAAAGAAUGAAUUAACAGAUUUUCUUUUUCAAAAAUGUGACAACCUACUUCAGCUGGAGACAUUAAUCUUGCAGAAGAAUAAAUUUGAGAGCCUUCGCAAAGUGAGCUUCAUGACCAGCCGUAUGAAAUCACUGAAAUACCUGGACAUGAGCAGCAACCUGCUGCGCCACGAUGGAGCUGACGUGCAAUGCCAGUGGGCUGAGUCUCUGACAGAGCUGGACCUGUCCUCCAACCAGUUGGUGGAUGCUGUGUUUGAGUGCUUGCCAGUCAACAUCAAAAAGCUCAGCCUCCAAAACAAUCAGAUCAGCAAUGUCCCCAGGGGGGUGGCGGAGCUGAAAUCCUUGGAGGAGCUGAACCUGGCGUCGAACAGGCUGGCCGACCUGCCGGGGUGCAGCGGCUUUACGUCCCUGCAGUUCCUGAACGUCGAGAUGAAUUCGAUCCUCACCCCAUCUGCUGACUUCUUCCAGAGCUGCCCAAGGGUCAGGGAGCUGCAGGCCGGGCACAACCCGUUCAAGUGUUCCUGCGAGCUGCAGGCCUUUAUCCGCCUGGAGAGGCGGUCAGGUGGGAAGCUGUUUGGCUGGCCGGCGGCGUACGCGUGCGAGUACCCAGAAGGCUUGCGAGGAACGGAGCUCAAGGACUUCCACCUGAGCCUGCUGGCUUGCAACACGACGCUCCUGCUCGUGACGGCUCUGCUGCUGACGCUGCUGCUGGUGGCCGCGGUGGCCUUUGUGUGCAUCUACCUGGAUGUGCCGUGGUACGUGCGGAUGACGUGGCAGUGGACGCAGACGAAGCGCAGAGCUUGGCACAACCCCCCCGGAGAUCUGGGGGCCGUUCUGCAAUUCCACGCCUUCAUUUCCUACAGCGAGCGCGAUUCGCUGUGGGUGAAGAACGAGCUGAUCCCGAACCUGGAGAAGGGGGAGGGCUGCGUGCAACUGUGCCAGCAUGAGAGAAACUUUAUCCCCGGCAAGAGCAUUGUGGAGAACAUCAUUAACUGCAUUGAGAAGAGCUACAAGUCGAUCUUUGUGUUGUCUCCCAACUUUGUGCAGAGUGAGUGGUGUCACUAUGAGCUGUACUUUGCCCAUCACAAGUUAUUCAGUGAGAAUUCCAACAGCUUAAUCCUCAUUUUACUGGAGCCAAUCCCUCCGUACCUUAUCCCUGCCAGGUAUCACAAGCUGAAAGCUCUCAUGGCAAAGCGCACCUACAUGGAGUGGCCAAAGGAGAGGAGCAAGCGCACCCUAUUCUGGGCUAACCUCAGGGCAGCCAUUAACAUUAACCUGCCAAAAGCUGAUGAAAAUUUUCAUGAGGAAAGAGAUUAAGAAACUUUCUAAUACAGUUUCAUCUGUUUUUUCUCAGUGAAAUAAUAAAUAUGAUUU